AUGUCAUCCUCAGCAACAAGUCCAUCGAUGAUAUUAGAGCUCAAAAAAAGUCACGUUCCAGUGCCUUGGUGCGACGAAUAUGAGAAGAUGAUUAAACUUCAGGAUUAUAAACUCCAAACUUUGAAGAAACUCAACGAUUUCAACGACCUUUCUAUUCCCGAUGGUAGCACGUUAACGUCAUUAAAGACGCGUCGCAUGGCUGUAGCCAAAAGCCUGCUUGGCCAACUUGGCAAGGAAGUUACAAUCGAGCCCCCAUUCUUCGUUGGAUGGGGCUGUAAUGUGUUUAUCGGGGAUAAUGUUUACAUUAAUCGCGAUCUUAUGGGGAAAACCUGCAGAGUCUCACUCUACGACAAUGCACUCGUUCAAAUCGGUGACCGUGUCCUUGUCGGCCCAGGCGUUUGUAUCUGCACAGGUACGCAUCAGGUUGCAUCAAGGGACCGCAAAGAAGCUAGUGGCACGUCCUUUGCUCGUCCGAUAAUCAUAGAGUCGGAUUGCUGGAUCGGUGCGAGGGUGACCAUUUUAGAUGGUGUACAUAUUGGAGCGGGUUCAACUGUCGCAGCAGGGGCUGUAGUUACACAUGAUAUUGGACCUGGAUGUCUGUUUGGUGGAGUCCCUGCCAAGUUUAUUCGCACUUUAGACUAA